AUAGUAGUACAGUGUACCCGGCCAGCCAGAGACACGUUUCUACUGCAUGUUGCAGUUAGUCUAAGUUAUCUGUUAUGGUUAUGGAGGAGCUAGCCGAUGCUUGGUCAUGGAUCUUUACAAUUCUUGUUGGACUGAUUGCUGCUGUCCUGAUAAAGACAAAGUGGAGCUCCAGAAAUGAACCUCCAGGUCCUUGGGGCCUACCAGUAUUGGGCUACCUGCCCUUUCUGGGGCAAAAGAGGAAUCUUACAUUCAGUAAUCUGUCCAAAAAAUAUGGAGAAAUAUUUCAGCUGAAAAUAGGUAGUCGAAAAGUUGUUGUGAUCAGUGGAGAGAAAGCUAUUCGAGAGGCUCUCUUGGAUCGUGGAACUACCUUCGCUGGAAGACCCGAUUUUUACUCGUAUGCUAAAAACGACACGUUUGCGUUCUAUGAUUUUACUCCCAAAUACCGUGCGUGCAGAAAGAAUACAAUGAAGUCGCUGAACGAAUUCUUUAAAUCGCAGCAAACGGAGUUUCAGGGUAUUGCACAGAAUGCUGCUACGAUGUUUAUGCGAGAAGUCAAAAACUUUAACGGCCAACCUUUCAAUCCAGAACCUCUUCUUUUCCGUGUGACAUGUACUAUUAUAGGCUAUGUUUGCUUUCAUAAGCAAUUUGAUGCGAAUGACAAGGAUGUCACUGCUAUUCUUGAGCUAGGAAAGCAGUUUGGAAACUUUAUCAUUUUUGGAGUGAUCUGUGACUACUUGCCUUGGGCAAAAGUCCUUUUGAAAACAAAGCUGAAAAAGUUUGAAGCGUUUUCUAAAGAGUUGGCGGAUUAUUCUGACAAAAUUUUUCAGAUUCAAAGCGAAGAGGGUACUGGUAAUUCUAUGAUUGACAUCUUCAACCGAGUAUGUGAAAAAACGACAGACAAUGAAACUACUUCGUUCAAAUUUGAUGAGCCUACAGUGAGAAAACAAGUGUCUUCCUUGUUUGGUGCUGGAUUUGCAACUACUGCAGUUACACUGAAAUACAGUUUGAUGAUGAUGGCUCUCUAUCCUGAUGUUCAGAGGAAACUUCAUGAAGAGCUUGAUCGUGUGGUGGGUAAGAAUCGUUAUCCGGAAUUUGCUGACAAAGACGAUUUGCCUUACACUAUGGCUGUAAUGUCCGAGAUCAACCGACACCACUCAAUGAGUGCUCUGAGUCUGACACAUACAACUACUUGUGAUACUGAGUUUCAUGGAUACUCACUUGCCAAACACACUCCGGUUAUUUUUAACUACUACUCCAUCAAUCGAGGUGAUGAUGUCUUUAAGAAUGCUGACAAGUUUGAUCCUGAGCGGUUUCUAAAAGAAGAUGGAUCAUUUGACGCUGCUUUGGCUAGUCGAGUGACCUUAUUUGGACUCGGUCGGAGGCGCUGUGCUGGAGAAGAGCUUGGUCGUUUUCAGUUGUUUUUGUUUUUUGCAACCCUUCUACAGCAGUGUACGAUUGAGGAGUCCCCAGCCCACCCCCUGGAUACUGAGGAUUACUAUAUUACUUUUGGAAUAACACAUGGUCCAAUCAAAGUGGUAGUUCACUCGAGGAUUGAGGAUAUAGUUCAAUGAAUCUAUUGACAGAUAGCUAGUCGUGACAUUAUAGACAGAGUUUAAUUUUUGAAUAUGUUAUUAUUAUACCUUAAUUAUGAUGACUA